GCACGCGAUUCCACUUGUCAUUCUGCACGCUUGCCUGCACCAAUCCACAGUUUCCGCACGUACCUGGUACCUGACACGAGUGACAUCGCGGAUUGUCGUUUGGAGCGCAUAUCGAUUAUCGUAUCAUACGGCUAGAGUUGCGUAAAUUCAGCGUUGAAGCAAGUUCGGGGAACGCUUUGACGAUAAUAAUCGAGAUAACACGAGAUAUUCCGCGUUUGUUUCAUUUUAUGGUUACUCGCGUUCUGCUAGAGCGUGCAUCUAACCUCAACGCGUAUCUAACCUGUGAUGAUUUGCUCUUUUUGAGACAGUGAUUUGCUGUUUUCUUUUUUCUUUGAUAAAAUAAGUUUAUGAGGCAACAUAUUGCCUGGUUAUCCAUUACGAAGAAAAGGCGCGAGAAAGAAAAAAAUUAAUAUUUAAUUGCAUUCCCGCAAAGCAACGUUUGCAGGAGUCACUGGUGCGUGUGAAAUUUUUUGGACAGUAACAGUGUAAAAGGAUAAAUUCGAUUGAUUGUAUUCCGUGCGCUAUUUCAUCGUUGACAGUUCACACAAUGACGUCGCUUUAUCAAAAUGACAAGGUUUCGCUCGCGGAGAGUUGUAGCUGCAAGUAAGAGAAUAAAACUGCGGAAUUCAAGGCUGCAAUGACCAAUACAGCAAAUCACGAACAUGUAGUGGAACGAUUCAAUGACAUAAUAAAAUCGCAAAAUGAUGAUAGAUCAUAUAGAGGUUUAGUACUUGCCAAUAAAAUGAAAGUGCUUUUGAUAAGCGAUCCAACAACUGACAAGAGCGCUGUUGCGUUGGACAUUAAUAUUGGCUAUAUGUCCGAUCCAGAUGAUUUGCCUGGGCUGGUGCACUUUUGCGAACAUAUGUUGUUCAUGGGGACGGAGAAGUAUCCUAAGGAGAAUGAUUACAACAUGUAUUUAUCGCAAAACGGGGGCAUGAGCAAUGCGUCGACGCAUUUGGAUCAUACUACUUAUUACUUCGAUAUAACACCAGAAAAAUUGAAAGGAGGCCUAGACCGCUUUGCGCAGUUCUUUCUGAAGCCCCUUUUCACAGAGACUUUAACCGAAUUAGAAUUGAACGCCAUAAAUUCGGAACACGAGAAGAACUUAGCGAACGACAGCUGGCGACUAGAUCAGUUGGAUAAAUCGUCCGCAAGCCCCGAUCAUCCAUUUUCGAAAUUCGGCACUGGUAACAGGGAAACGUUAGACACAAUACCAAAGCAAGCGGGCAUCAACGUUAGGGAUAAACUACUCGAGUUUCAUGAAAAGAAUUACUCCGCAAAUAUUAUGUCAUUAUGCGUCCUUGGUAAAGAUACCUUGGACGAGCUUGAAGACAUGGUGGUAAAUCUAUUUUGCGACGUACGAAAUAAGGAAGUCGAAACUUCAAUGUGGCCUGAACAUCCGUUCAAGGACGAGCAGUUUCGUAUCAAGUGGUAUAUUGUCCCAAUAAAGGACGUGAGGAACUUGGACAUUACAUUUCCCUUGCCAUAUAUGCAGCAAUAUUAUCGAGCUUCGCCUGCGUAUUAUAUUUCCCAUUUGCUUGGACACGAAGGGAAAGGAUCAUUAUUGUCAGCUUUGAAGGCCAGGGGAUGGUGUAACUCUUUAGCGGCUGGAAAACGGAGUGGCGCCAGAGGCUUCAGUUUUUUCAGCGUUGUUGUUGAUCUAACUGAGGAGGGUAUUGAGCAUGUCGAUGAUAUUAUUACGCUGACAUUUCAGUAUAUUUAUAUGCUGAAGAAGGAAGGCCCGGUCGAACGGAUUUACAAUGAAUACAAGGACAUAGCGAAUAUGAACUUCCGUUUCAAGGAAAAAUCUUUGCCACGUAAUUACGUGAUCUCUAUGGUCCUGGCGUCGCAGGAUUUUCCUAUGAACGAAGUUUUAACCGCGGAACGUAUUUUCACCGAGUGGCGACCGGACUUGAUCGAUCAGAUACUGGAAUACUUCACGCCGCAAAAUAUCAGGGUCCACGUGGUUGCGAAAGCGUAUAAAAAUAUAGCGGACGAGACCGAGAAGUGGUACGGCACUAAAUACAAGAAAGAAACGAUACCGGCGGAGAUCAUCAAUAAAUGGAGCAACGUCAGCGAAAACUCUGACUUGCAGUUGCCUGCCAGUAAUGAAUUCAUAGCGGACAAGUUCGACAUCAAAUCGCACGAAGCUAACGUCGACAAAUUUCCAACGAUUAUAGAGGAUACUCCAUUUGUAAGAUUGUGGUUCAAAAAGGACGACGAGUUUCUCGUGCCCAGGGCAAAGAUGAUCUUUGAUUUUGUCAGCCCUUUCGCUUAUAUGGAUCCCCUUAGUUGCAAUUUAAGUAACAUGUUUGUUCACCUAUUGCGUGAUUCGCUCAAUGAAUACUCAUAUGCUGCCGAUCUAGCUGGUUUACGAUGGGAACUUGGUAACAACAAAUAUGGAAUCACACUUGCUAUAGCUGGCUACGACGACAAGCAACGCGUGUUGGUAGAGAAAAUUAUGGACCGCAUGGUAAACUUUAAUAUUGAUCCGAAGAGAUUCGAAAUAUUAAAGGAAAACUAUAUUAGGAGCUUGAAAAAUUUCGCGGCUGAACAGCCGUAUCAACAUGCCGUCUACUAUCUUGCGGUCCUAUUAGCAGAACAGGUUUGGACCAAGGACGAACUAUUGGAAGCAACUGCUCAUCUGACUGUUGAUAAAGUCCAACAGUUUACGUUGCAACUUCUCAGCAAGGUGCACGUGGAGUGCCUGAUACACGGUAACAUGACUGUAUCGGAAGCCGUAGAUAUAGUUAAACUAGUUGAAUCCAAAUUGCGUGCAGUGCCUCACAUAAUGCCGUUGUUGCAAAGACAAUUAACACUGCAGCGUGAAAUUAAUUUGGAGGAUGGCUGCCAUUUCCUGUUUGAGACAGAGAAUAAAUUGCACAAAAGUUCAUGUACGGAGGUGUAUUACCAAACUGGUUUACAAGCGACGGAAUCGAACAUGCAUUUAGAGCUCCUGGCACAAAUCAUUUCGGAACCUUGUUUCAACAUUUUGCGAACGAAGGAGCAAUUAGGCUAUAUAGUAUUAAGCGAUGUACGCAGGUCGAACGGAGCUCAAGGCAUGCGAAUCAUAGUUCAAAGCAACAAACAUCCGCAGUACGUUGAGAAACGUAUCGACUCAUUUAUGGAUUCCAUGUUGGAUCACAUAACCACUAUGUCGGAAAAUCAAUUUAAAAAACAUAAGAAAGCUUUAGCUACAUUACGUCUUGAGAAGCCAAAAAUGUUGACUUCUCUAUCCACUAUAUUCUGGGAAGAGAUCUCAACCCAGCAAUAUAAUUUCGACCGAGCGAACGUCGAGGUAGCAUAUUUGAGAACUAUAACGCGGCCGCAAUUGUUGAACUUUUUCAAGGAAAUUGUACAUAGUAAGAUUCGACAUAAAUUGUCGGUGCAUGUGAUAUCCACGGCAACAAAUGGCACGGAGGAUGAACUCGGAUUGAAUAACGAAGCUGAAGAGAUCCUUGAUACGGCAGCUAGUGAAAAAAUUAAGAAAAUCGACGACAUCAUGUCGUUUAAAAUUAGUCAAUCUUUAUAUCCUUUAUUAAAACCAUUUAACGAAUUUCCCAGGAAGGGCAUACGCUCUUCAAAAUUAUAA